AAAAGCACAAUACCGAAAGGUUUGUCUGGCAAUCCAAGGUUUUCAACCUGAUUAGCAGUGAUAAGAACUAAGUAGCUCCCUUGGUAGCCAGUAGUUCUUGAGGAAAGUUUCAAAAAAGCCAGAAUCUUUUUCUAGUUCUCCCGUUCUCUCAGUAACAGGAAGCAAUAUGCAGAUCUUUGUCAAGACGCUGACGGGCAAGACAAUCACCCUCGAUGUGGAGCCCGUUGACACCAUCCAGAACAUCAAGGUCAAGAUCGAGGAUAAGGAAGGUAUCCCACCAGAUCAGCAGCGCCUGAUCUUCGCUGGCAAGCAGCUGGAAGAUGGUCGUGCCCUGUCCGACUACAAUGUCCAGAAGGGCUCUACGCUGCAUCUGGUACUGCGCCUCAGAGGUGGCAUGCAAAUCUUCAUCUUCGUUAAAACACUAACGGGUAAAACCAUUACCCUCGAGGUUGAACCCUCGGAUACCAUCGAGAAUGUUAAAGCCAAGAUCCAGGAUAAGGAAGGCAUCCCUCCAGACCAGCAGCGGUUGAUCUUUGCUGGUAAGCAGCUGGAGGACGGACGUACCCUGUCGGAUUACAAUAUCCAGAAGGAGAGUACCCUCCAUCUGGUUCUGCGUCUGCGCGGAGGUAUGCAAAUCUUCGUCAAGACUUUGACUGGAAAGACCAUUACCUUGGAGGUUGAGCCAUCUGACACUAUUGAAAAUGUCAAGGCUAAGAUUCAAGAUAAGGAAGGAAUCCCCCCAGACCAGCAGCGUUUGAUUUUCGCUGGUAAGCAGUUGGAAGAUGGUCGCACCCUGUCGGAUUAUAACAUCCAAAAGGAGAGCACCCUCCAUCUCGUUCUCCGUCUGCGUGGCGGUAUGCAGAUUUUCGUCAAGACCUUGACUGGAAAGACCAUCACCUUGGAGGUUGAGCCAUCCGAUACCAUUGAAAAUGUCAAGGCUAAGAUCCAAGAUAAGGAGGGCAUUCCUCCAGAUCAGCAGCGUUUGAUUUUCGCUGGUAAGCAGUUGGAAGAUGGUCGUACUCUUUCGGACUAUAAUAUCCAGAAGGAAAGUACCCUUCAUUUGGUUCUGCGUCUGCGUGGAGGUAUGCAAAUCUUCGUCAAGACUUUGACUGGAAAGACCAUCACCUUGGAGGUUGAGCCAUCCGAUACUAUCGAGAAUGUUAAAGCCAAGAUCCAGGAUAAGGAAGGAAUCCCCCCAGAUCAGCAGCGGUUGAUUUUCGCUGGUAAGCAGUUGGAAGAUGGCCGCACCCUGUCGGAUUAUAACAUUCAAAAGGAGAGCACCCUACAUCUGGUUCUCCGUCUGCGCGGAGGUAUGCAAAUCUUCGUUAAGACUCUUACCGGAAAGACCAUCACCUUGGAGGUUGAGCCAUCCGAUACCAUUGAAAAUGUCAAGGCUAAGAUCCAAGAUAAGGAAGGAAUCCCCCCAGAUCAACAGCGUUUGAUUUUUGCUGGUAAGCAACUGGAGGACGGACGCACCCUUUCGGAUUAUAACAUCCAGAAGGAGAGCACCCUACAUCUGGUUCUUCGUCUGCGCGGAGGUAUGCAAAUCUUCGUUAAGACCUUGACUGGAAAAACAAUCACCCUCGAAGUUGAACCAUCCGACACCAUUGAAAACGUCAAGGCUAAGAUCCAAGAUAAGGAAGGAAUCCCCCCAGAUCAGCAGCGGUUGAUUUUCGCUGGUAAGCAGUUGGAAGAUGGUCGUACCCUUUCGGAUUAUAACAUCCAGAAGGAGAGCACCCUCCAUCUGGUUCUCCGUCUGCGUGGAGGUAUGCAGAUUUUCGUCAAGACUUUGACUGGAAAGACCAUCACCUUGGAGGUUGAGCCAUCCGAUACCAUUGAAAAUGUCAAGGCUAAGAUCCAAGAUAAGGAAGGAAUCCCCCCAGAUCAGCAGCGUUUGAUUUUUGCUGGAAAGCAGUUGGAAGACGGCCGCACCUUGUCAGAUUACAACAUUCAAAAGGAAAGCACUCUCCAUCUGGUACUCCGUCUUCGUGGAGGUAUGCAGAUCUUCGUUAAGACUCUUACCGGAAAAACCAUCACCUUGGAAGUCGAACCAUCCGACACUAUUGAAAACGUCAAGGCAAAAAUCCAAGAUAAGGAAGGCAUUCCUCCAGAUCAGCAGCGUUUGAUCUUCGCCGGAAAGCAGUUGGAAGACGGUCGCACCUUGUCAGAUUACAACAUUCAAAAGGAAAGCACUCUCCAUCUGGUGCUCCGCCUUCGUGGAGGUAUGCAGAUCUUCGUUAAAACUUUGACUGGCAAAACCAUCACCUUGGAAGUCGAACCAUCCGACACUAUUGAAAACGUUAAGGCUAAGAUUCAGGAUAAGGAAGGCAUUCCUCCAGAUCAGCAGCGUUUGAUUUUCGCCGGUAAGCAACUGGAAGACGGGCGCACCUUGUCGGAUUACAACAUCCAGAAGGAAAGCACACUGCAUUUGGUACUGCGAUUGAGAGGCGGACAAUAAAUGGAUAUCAUCAUUAAUAAAUUGAAAAUUCCGUAAAUUAA